AUGUUGAGGGCGUCUGCGCAGGCCGCCCUGCAGCGGAUCUUGGAUGCAUGCCUGGUAGACUUGGCCUCGCCAGCUCGAUGCGACUUCUUACGCCUCGUUCUAGGGAACAUGGCCGCCGAAGCUGAGCCUGGCAUGCCUCUCGAGCGAGCCUUGCUGUAUCUGAGAUGCCUGCAGAGACUGGCCAUGCACCCAUCAUCACGGCGAUGGGCCUUUGGAGAUGGGACCCAGGGCCGAUUUUUCCAGAACGACAUUCCCUUGCUCUUGCUGAGCCGCCGGCUAAGAGUUCUGAGUCUGCUGGAGGUCUCUGCAAGCUUUUCCCGGGCAGUCUUCCGCUUCUCUCCCUGGUCCUGCCUGUGCCAUCCUCGGAGAAAGCCAUCGGAGCCGUCGGAGACAGAGACGGUCAGAGCAGAGGUUGUGAAUCGGAUCUGCUGGCUUUGCGUCGACUUCUGGGCAGAGCGGGCCGUCGCAACACCGGCGGCACUGGGCACCUUGCAGGUGGAUGCCCUUCUCUCCGGUGUCUACAUCCGGAGCCUUGAAUUCGCAGUCAAAGCGCUGUUGGCAGAAGCACCGAACGAGGGUCUGCUGCCUGAGGAGGCGGUGCAGUUGUUAGAGUUGUUGCUGGAGUCCUUAUGCGACCUGCUCCAGCCGAGUUUAGUGCAGGCAAUUUGGUUUUCCUUUGACGGUGACUGGAGACGGCCGCCUCUCUUGGAACAGAUAGCCGGCAAAGCUGUGCAGCUCGUCAGCGAAAGGCCGCCAACGAGCGAACGGCCCCUGCCGGCCCACCUGUCCCAGCUCUGCUCGGCGGUCCUGACAAAGAUCAUUGCUGCGUUCAUCAGCGACACUCAGACCGCCGACAGCGACGACAAGCUUGCAGCCAGCAAUGCAGAGCUGGAAAGGCUGCAGAAGCAGUGGCAGAUGCGGCGGUCUGUGUGGGAGCUGAUGGGAAAGAUCGAGGAGAGCCCAAAGAAGGCACGAGCGAUCUUUGAGAAGUCGGGCUUGGCUGAGGCCAUUCCGGUGCCCCCAGUGGGAGGCCUCGCAGCCGGGGAGCCUGGAACGGAGGAGUGGGUGCUCAAGCUGGUGUGGCUGCUCCGGACCGUGAACUUCGCGGUGCCGUACUCAGCAGUCGGCGAGUUCUUCGGUCAGCCGAAGGAGGACAGCGAGAAGGCUGUCACCUCUUUCGCCGAGACCUUCGAUUGGGGAGCAGCAGAUAUUGAGAAGGCCUUGCGGAGCUUCCUUGAGGCUUUUCUCCUGCCGAAGGAGGCGCAGCAGAUCGACCGCGUGCUGCGGAUCUUUGCCCAUGCAUACUACCGGAAGCAUGUGGAGCACUGCCGCAGCUCCGGCAAAGAGGGAUCAGGUUACCUGAAGCACCCGGAUGCGGCGUACACAUUCGCCUUCAGUGUCAUCCUGCUCAACUCGGACCAGCACAACCCCAAGUUGAAGAAGCGGAUGUUCACAGGAGAGAUCUCCUCCCUUACAAAAGCAGCAAAGUGGGAGCAGGCAGUUCGCAUCUUCGCGGCCUAUGAGAGCUUGUUUGGGCUGGACAUCCGCGCGACCAGCGCGGUGUUGGGAGCCUGGCAGCGGGGCAGCAGCUGGAUGCAGGCCGUGGCACUGUUCCAGCGCGCGAAGUCAGCACGUCUGCACCUGGACACGGUUGGCUUCAGCAGCCUCGCGUGGGCCUACGAACGGGCCACGCAGUGGCGUCGCGUCCUGGCGCUGUUGCAGGAGAUGCCUCGCCACCGGGCGCUGCCGAACGCCAUCACUGUCACUGCAGCCCUACGCGCUUUGGGGCGCAGUGGAGGCCAGUGGCCUGCCAUGUUGCAGCUGGUGGAACGGUCAAGAGAGUCCAAGCUCCUGGAUCGCCUGGGCCUCGAGGCCCUGGCGGCCGGCCUGCUGCGCAGUGGUUGCUGGGAGAGGGCGCUGUCAGUGCUCAGGACCAUGCCCGGCUUGCCCAGCCUCGCCUCCUGCAGCAUGAUGACCAGCUGCUUCGAAAAGGCAACUAUGUGGCGAGAUGCUGUGGCCCUUCUCGCAAACAUGGGCGACUGCCUCUUGCAGCCGAACUCCAUAAUGAUCAACAGCCUCUUCAGCAACUUCGAGCUAGCCUCACAGUGGGCCAGAUCACUUCACCUGCUUCAGUCUGCUCGUCAUUCCGAGCUUCGGGUGGAUGCCGUCGGCCUCGCCGCCGCGUUGCGCAGCUGCGAGGAGAGCGGCCGAGGUGCGGCGGCGUGGACGGUCCUCCGUGAAUUCACCUUCCAGGAGCUUCUCCGGAGGCCACUGGGAUUGCACAUCUUCGGACAUGCCCCGGAACGGAUCGUCGGCGAGCGGGUGGCUCAUGCUUCGGUGUUGGCCCUCAGGGGCCUGCUCCACAAGCAAUCGGCCAUCGCGUUUGAGCGGCAGCUGCUGCAACCUCUUCACGCCCAGCUGGUGCUUGUGCGUUCCAGCGGGUGUGGAACUUCCAGAGGCCCAGUGCUGCUGGACACCCUUGACCUCGGGGCUUCCUUCUCAAAAGAGAUGCUGAGCGCGUGGGGAAGCUCAGCCAGCCCUCCUGGACGAGGCGUGCUCGGCCUUCAGGCUGCGAGGGCUACGCUUCAGCUGCAACACCUCCGCUUGCCACCAAGGCCUGCUGCCAGCAUUCUGGGCCUCUUUGUGCACGUCUCGCUCUUUCGAGGGGGUGUGCCCCUGGGCAGGAAUGCUGGGCAGCUCUCAGCAGAGGACCAAUCUGUGUUCCGGGUGGCUCGUAGUUGCAGUGAGGACUUCAUCAGCAACAACCGUGGCAUCAAUGAAGGGGAAGAUAUUCCGCAAGAUGAGAUCAAAACGCCGAGUCCCAUUCCGAGCAUUGCUGAGGGCAUCAGGCAUCAUGUCUCGCUCAUUUUCUGCAAGGCAGGUUCGGGCAGCCUCAUCGAAGGAAUUUCCCGGGCACGGUGGGAGGACUUCCUUCAGCUUGCGCGGAAAGGCUGGAGGGACAACUCCUUGUGUCUGGGGUGCGCGAGCUUGGCCGGGCAGGCGCAGGCAUUCCUUCAGCGCCUGGGCCAGCCGUUCCGGAAUGUGCUGGAGUUCUCCCUGGCCUCAGAGGGUAGUGCCAACAGCGAGGCUCAGGCGGGGCUCGAGCUCCUUCUUCGCCUUUCGCUGCAGCUGAGGCGUCCCGAGGCUGACGGCGCAGCAGAGAGCCUCUUUUUCUUCGGAGCAGAGGUCUUCCAUGAUGCACAGAGUGAUGUCGCACUGGUUCGUGGCUCCAACUGUCUGCGUGCCCUCUUCCGCACCGCACUGGGUCAACUGACUGGCAUGUCGACGAAGCAGCUGCAUCUGCUGGUGUACCUGACGGUCCAGUUUGCAGUCUAUGGGCUGCUGGAGAGGGCAUCUCCGCCGCUCGAUUCGGCUACCACGAAGCUCCUGCUCUGUCCGACGCUGCUCGUGGAUCCUCCGACGGGAGUUGUGUACAGUUUCCUGCGCAAGAUUUCCACGGCGCCAUUCAAGAUGCUCUCCUUUGUGGAAGAUGGCCCCGUGCCCACAAGUGGUGCCAAAGAUGCGCCCCAGGGCAGCGCUGUGCGAAGCGCUUCUGCGCCCGUGCAUGUGGACGAGGAAGGGUCGCCCGAAGCACCUACGCCGGUGCGGCUGAAGAGCGCGCCGUUGCGUGGAGAGGCAGUCGUGGCAGAGGACGAGGUCUCGGACCACUCGCAGUCCGAGGGAGGCAGUGCCUCCCCCGCGGUACCGGAGCAGCUCGAAGAGGAGGUGUCUGAAGGCUCCCUACAAGGAGAUCCACUCCAGCCGCAGAUUCAGCAGGCUUUUCAGGUUUCAGAGCUGGAGCUUCUCCUGAAAGCCCUGGUCAUGCCCUGGAGGGAGGCGAGUCAGGCGUCUGUCUUGUCGCCGAGGCUGGAAUCUGGGGGAGGUGGAGACGCCGGCGCCGGUGGGAGCCAAAGAAGCGGUGCAGGCGCCGACGGCUUUCAAGCUUCCUCAGCUACUGCACAGCUCUUCCUCGGAUACCUCUCUGCGCUGUUCAUUGCGCUGCGCAGUGGCGUGUCGAGUGCCAAGCCAGGCAAGGAUCAGGACCUCCCCUUGUGGGCAGAGCCACCACCCAUGCCCAGCGUUGCUGCUCCGCAGUCGCUGGUGCUCCCCCGCCGCUCGCUGUCCUUAAACGUCUUGGAUGGCUACGACACCCUCAAGCUCGCCCUGAGGCUCCUGCUUUCCACGGUGGGUCAGCGAGAGGCGGCCUCGUCUAGUCGCCGGCUGCUGGAGGUCUCGACCAUACAGGAGCUGAGCAUCUGUACUCAUGUUGGGCUUUACCAUACCAUCCGGCGGCGGGAUCUCAGCGAGCGCACACUGAAGCUGACGAUCACCGCCAUUUUUCAGGUGGGCACAGCCUUCUUGAGCUUAGAAGCUGACGACGGAGGUCCCGUCGUUUCCAUCGGCUGGCCGGUUCGGCUCAUCGAGGCGCUCUUGGCACGCAGUGAUGCCGAGCCCCAGCUGCUUGUUCCCAACUCUCGGCUGUGCAUGGAGGCCGUUCGCAACUUCGUGGUCGAGACAUCGCACAGAAGUCUCGCACUUCCGGAUUUGUGGCGUGCAAUGCUGCAACUACUGUUUCGUGCAGCUCCGACCACCUCCAGGGCGCUGUGGCCCAGUGCCAAAGACAAGGAGGUGGAGGCCGUCCAGCUCCUCAUUUGGCGAAGAGGAUUAGUUUGGCUUCUCGCACACCCACAGCUGCACGACGGGGACACAGCCGGUGAGGACGGCGCAGGAAGCCCCAGUGACUCGGAAGCCAACUCCUUUUGGGGGCACCCUCCUCAGCUGUGCGGGAGCAGUGCAUGGCGUACAUGGACCUUGCUGUAUGAGCAUAGGAGGCACGAGAAGCCACAUAUGAGACGAUAUCUGUUCGGGCCAACUUGUGCGAACAUCUAG